AUCAAUGACGUUUGUAUCACGUGAACAAUUAGCUUCCUUGUUGUUGAUUUGGUGACAACCCAAAAAUACACAAGAUUCCAGCUUCUGAAAUACAGACGUAGCAGUACACUGGUAUGGCCGCUGGUGAGACAAUCUCAGAGUCUCUGUUUGUAGCAGCUAUAGACUUUGGUACGACGUAUUCUGGGUAUGCUUUUGGUAAUAGAAAUGAUUACAAAGAUGAUCCCUCCAAAGUAGCCGGUUGUCACUGGAGUAUGGGUUCACAACCGGGUCUCUCCCUCAAGACACCGUCCUGUAUUUUGUUUGACCCUGAACAACAUUUUGACUCCUUCGGUGGAGAAGCAGAAGAUAAAUACACAGAGCUAGCACAAGAGGAUGAACAUGGCGACUGGUAUUUUUUCAGAAGAUUUAAAAUGCAGCUUUAUGGCAAAGAGGAAUUAUCAAAAGACUUCAUGUUGGAAGGAGAAAAUGGUUUACAAAUGCCAGCCAUAAAAGUGUUUGCAGAAAGCAUCAAAUUCCUGCGAACACACUUUGAGGACCAUAUAAAGAAUAACGCCUCUGAAAUCAAACCACGUGAUGUAGAAUGGGUGUUGACAGUACCAGCCAUCUGGCCAGAUCCAGCUAAAAAGUUCAUGAAGGAAGCUGCUAAUGCUGGAGGUAUACCCAACAGUCGUCUCAUUUUGGCGUUAGAACCAGAAGCCGCAUCCAUCUACUGUAAAAACUUGCCUGUCGACAGAACACUUUCUACUGGUGGAAGAUCUACCCUCGAUGCGUUUGCUCCAGGGACACAGUAUCUUAUACUGGAUGCAGGAGGUGGAACGGUUGAUAUUACUGUACAAGAAAUAAAAGACGAUGGCGACAUCAAACAGAUCUACAUGGCCAAUGGUGGAGAUUGGGGCGGAACUAAAGUCGACGAGGCAUUUGACGAAUUCCUGACGGAUAUUGUUGGAUCAGAUACGGUCGACAAGUUCCGGAAGGAUGACAAGGUCGAUUAUCUAGGUCUGUGUAGAGAAUUUGAAGUGAAAAAGCGAAGUAUUCGCCCAGACAGCACAGCUAAAAUUACAAUUAGAAUUCCAUUAAGUUUAAGUGAAAGAUUUCAAGAAGUAAAAGGAGUUUCACUGAAAAGUUCCUUCAAAUCAAACAAAUCAAUGUCAUGGGUAGGUGAUAAAUUACGUGUUGAUCCCGACACCGCUAAAAAGUUCUUUGAAGAACCAUGCCAACGCAUUGUUGACCAUCUGAAAGAUUUAUUCCAGAAAGGAGCAGUUGUCGACACAGACAUAAUUUUAAUGGUUGGUGGUUUUUCUGAAUCACAAAUGCUGCAGGAAGCAAUAAAGUCGGCAUUUCAUAGUAAAACUGUGAUAAUACCAGAAGAUGCAGGUCUUGCUGUGCUCAAAGGUGCAGUUCAGUUCGGAUUUAAUCCUAAGGUUAUCAGUCCAAGAAUCCUUCGAUACACUUUUGGAGUCAGUACAAAUAUGCAGUUCCGUCCACAUACCGACCCAGAAGAUAAGAAACAUAUUACUAAUAAUAAGAUGUAUUGCCGAGAUAGAUUUGGAAAGCAUGUCGGGAGAGGAGAACCAAUGGAGUGCGAUGAUCUAACCAGUACGAAAACAUACAAUCCAUUAAGAGAAAACGCGAGUAAAAUUGUACUUCCCAUCUAUUCGUCUCGUUCUGAAGAUCCACAAUACACCGAUGAAGAAGAUUGUACUUAUAUCGGGAAAUUUGAGGUAGAUUUGUCAGAUAUAACUGGUCCUGAUCGGGACGUCGAGAUCGGGAUGAAAUUUGGAGGGACUGAUAUAACUGUUGAAGCAACGAUUAAGUCUACUGGACAAAAAAUUGAAGCACGUUACAGCUCUUAUUUAAACUAGUAGUUAAGGUUUUUCUUAUAUCGUAACAGUCUACCAGUAAAUGAUGUGCCAUAUGCAUUGUAAACAUCGUUUAUUGAGACAAUUUCAUUGUACAUUUAAAGUACAGUAUAUAGUUUAGAGUUUGUUAUACUUAACAUGUUGCUACGCGUGACUUUCAUUCAUUACAUUAUAACUGUA